UUUGGAUUGGGAGCAUUGUACUCAUGGUACUACAAAUUUUUUAAGUGUUCCGUACAAGGGUAUCCCCAUAAAUCAGAGGCUAACCAGGCGCCUGUUUCGACCAGCAGAUAAGAACGGACUAUAUAAAGAAGCCCCCACGGCCAGUAAGCCAGCAAACUCGACUGCCCACAAUGAAUCCAAUCUUUUGCGUGCUGCUGUUCAGUUUGGUGGCGGGUCUAGCCUUCGCCGAGAAGUCGGACUAUUGUCUGAGCGAGAUUGUCAAGACGGACGAGAGGAUCCGUGCACACGGAUAUCCGACUGAGACGCACGAGGUGACCACCGGAGAUGGCUAUGUGUUGACCCUGUUCCGCAUCCCUUACUCCCACAAGCUGAAGAACCAGAACGAGAUGCGACCUCCUAUUCUGCUGCAGCACGGAUUGUUCAGUAACUCAGACUGCUGGCUGUCCUCCGGGCCGGAUAACUCCCUGGCCUACCUUCUCGCGGAUGCCGGAUACGAUGUGUGGCUGGGCAAUGCCCGCGGUAAUAUCUACUCGCGGAACAACGUCCGCAUCUCGCUGAACAGCCCCAAGUUCUGGCACUUCGACUGGCACGAGAUCGGUACCAUCGACAUUCCAGCCAUGAUCGACUACAUCCUGGCGGACACUGGCUACGCGCAAAUACACUACGCCGGACACUCGCAAGGAACCACUGCGUACCUAGUAAUGCUCUCCGAGCGACCGGAGUACAAUGCCCUCAUAAAGUCCGGACAUAUGCUGGCUCCAUGUGCCUUCUUCGAGCACGGAUCCUCCUUCAUUUUCAAUGCCCUGGGUCCCUUGGUGAGUACACCCGGUGGCAUCUGGAACCAACUGCUGGUGGACACCGAACUGAUCCCGCACAACAACCUGUUUAACCGAUUGGUCGACAACAGUUGCCAUCUGUCCAACUCGAUCUGCAACAACGCCUUCAUUAUGUUUGCUAAUGGUGGAUACGUUAAUGCCAAUGCGAGCUCCAUGAGUGUCCUAAUCGAGACCCAUCCGGCUGGAUCCUCCAGCAACCAGGGCAUCCACUUCCUGCAGCUGUGGAAGUCCCUCAAGUUCCGCCAGUACGACUGGGGCACCAAGAAGAACAACCAGCUGUACGGCCAGGACUUGCCUCCAGAUUACGAUCUCAGCAAGAUCACCGCACCCACCCACUUGUACUCCAGCACCAAUGAUGCCCUUUGCGGACCCGAAGAUGUUAAUACCCUGGUGGAGAACUUCCCGCACCUGAAGGAGGACUAUCGCGUGCCCCUCCAGAGUUUCAACCACUUGGACUUCAUCAUCGCCAGGAACAUGAAGGAGCUGGUCAACGAUCCGAUCAUCGAACGCAUUAACUCUUACGAAGGUCGCUAGAAAUCGACCAAUAAAAGAACCCGUAAGGAUAUGCACCUUUAUUUACUCAUUCUUCGCGGGAUGCGGACCUGAAUUUAUUUGAGGGUUUCAGAUACAAGUUUAUUGUCCACGUCAAUUACUAGCCAAAGAAUUGCCUAAAAUGAAUCUUCAAAUAACAAAAUGAGUACAGCGUUCCCAUGGAAAAACACCAGAAAAUAAUGAAGUGCAUUGCUUGAGGAAUCUUAUCUUGUUAAGUGGAAAAUAUGCAAGUGCCAAUAAAAAAGUAUUUUAAAAUU